UCAGGCUUCGAGCUCCUAAAAAAAGCUUUUGUUGCUUUCUGGUUAAUGGAAGAGCCUUCAGCCCUCUCUCUCUCUCUCCUCUUCUCAGCUUUGCUCUGCUUUCAUUCACUUUUGUUUCGCUAAAAAAUUUUCUUUGACGAAUUCCGAAAGGCGUUUCUGGGUCUUGUUCCUCUUUGUCUGAUCCAAACGGGUUCUUCAGUUGAUAAUUUUGUAGUCUGAUGUCUCCACCACUGCUGGGUGGUGAGGGGGAAGGGAAGAGCAAUGGAUCGAUGGUAGCUUGUUCUCCCUCUAUGGACAUGACCCCUCAGAACAGCUCAGGACUGAAAGAGCGUAACUACCUUGGGUUGUCAGAUUGUUCUUCAGUUGACAGCUCCACAGUCUCAAGCUUGUCAGAGGAGAAUAAGAGCAAGUUCAAUUUUAAGGCUACAGAGUUGAGGCUGGGUCUUCCUGGAUCCCAAUCACCAGAACGACAAUCAGAGCUUUGCUUGCUUGAUGAGAAGCCACUGUUUCCUUUGCUUCCUUCAAAAGAUGGAAUAUGUUCCUCAUCCCAGAAAAAUGUUGUUUCAGGCAACAAAAGAGGCUUUUCUGAUACCAUGGACGGAUUCUCAGAGGUGAAAAGUUCUGUAUAUAAUGAAGGAAAUUGGAUGUUUCCUGCAGCUGGUUCUGAUUCUGAAUCACCAGAAUCUGUCGGACAAGGUAAGUUUCCUGUGAGUUCAAUCAAUGUGAUGCUCUCAUCCAGGACUUCUGGGACUCAGCCAACCAAGAUGAAAGAUAUUAUGACCAAAUCUUCAAAAGAUCAGUCAAAUGCUACAAAUGGAGCUGGCCAGAACCAUGUGGGUGCUUCUAACAACAGCAGUGCCCCAGCUGCUAAGGCACAAGUUGUAGGGUGGCCUCCAAUAAGAUCUUUUAGGAAGAAAUUAACCACCGCUUCAAAGAACAAUGAUGAAGUUGAUGGAAAACCUGGUCGAGGUGCUCUUUUUGUCAAGGUCAGCAUGGAUGGUGCUCCCUACCUGAGGAAGGUAGAUCUGAGAACCUACUCAACAUAUCAAGAGUUGUCUUCUGCUCUGGAAAAGAUGUUCAGCUGUUUUACCAUCGGGCAAUAUGGAUCCCAUGGAGCUCCAGGGAGGGAAAGAUUGAGUGAGAGUAAGCUGAGAGACCUUCUUCAUGGAUCAGAAUAUGUGCUUACAUAUGAGGACAAGGAUGGUGAUUGGAUGCUUGUCGGAGAUGUCCCAUGGGAGAUGUUUAUUGAUUCAUGCAAGAGGUUGAAGAUAAUGAAGGGCUCUGAUGCCAUUGGCUUAGCUCCUAGGUCCAUGGAGAAAUCCAAGAACCGGACCUAGCCAAGUCCCCAAAAAUGACUGCUUCGAGUUGCCUUAUUCAAAGUGAAGAUCGAUCAGAGUUUUGGGAGUGGUGAGCCAGCCACAAAAGUUGUAACUUGGAGGAAGAACACUGGCAGGAUGGAUGUCCGGGGCUGGAUGGCAGUAUCAUCUUGUCUUUGAUGUUUUCAUUGUCAUCAGUCUGUUUUGAGUCUGUUUGUUAUGAAACCUAUUAAGACUGGUUAAAAUUAUUAAUGUUUGUGAAGUCCAUAAGUAAUAGCCUACUAGUUAUUGAAGCUGUUGAAUCUGAUGAUUAUGUUUUAUCACUGUCGUUGAUUGCCCUUAUAUAUCAUUCUGCAUUUAUCA